AUAUAAAUCCUUUUUAUGAAUUUAUAUAGACAUAUGACGUUAGUUAUUAAUUGAAAUAUAUUGAAAAUUGAGUGACUGGAUUCCUUAUUGAUUCCUAGUCGUCAUUAUAUUACAUGAAUGGGAGCACUUCUAUCCCUCUUACGUUCGGACUACAGUGGAAGCAGGAAACAUCCGAAAAAAAACCGUUCCCCAGGGAGUGAAACUCGAAGUACUCGAUCGACAGAUGGAAAUUUCAGCGAUUCAACACUAAUGCGUGAGCGUGAACGAUCAACUCGAGAAGUCAUCUUUCCUGAUUCCUUUGAAGUUUUACCACAACCUCGUGACCUUACAUACGUUGGAGUACCUCAUGAACAGCUACGCAAAUUCCGUUGUCGUUUUUGUGGUAAAGGAUAUAGAUGGAAGAGUACAAUGCGUCGUCAUGAAAUGGUUGAAUGUGGUGGCAAACCACCAGCUUUUCAAUGUCCUGAAUGUCCUUACAAAGCACGUCAGCGAGGAAAUUUGACGGUACACUACAAGAGACAUCAUCAGAAAGUGGGUUACGAUGAAGGCUCUCAAGGUUCUCGAGAUUAAAAAUAAAAACGAGUGCUUUUACUGGUACUAUCAUGUGAAAAAAAAGUAAGAAAAAUAUGUCAAAUAUUUUAACUGAAUUAUAUUCUAAGUGGUUACUUGGUAAAGAGAAAAUUUUGCUUCAGUUAAACCGUCCAUGCAGUAAGUAAAUGUUACUCUGGCUCUAAUAUCCAUCGUGACAACUCGAGACGGUAUUAGAAGUGCUACCACAGUACUCUUAAUCAGUUCACUUAACUUACCUACCUCAUUUUGCUUUUUCUUUCUAUUUUUUUAUGUUUAUUUAACGAAAAAAUGCUCAGAUUUUUAUUAUUUGCAGUCAUGAAAAUACUCCAGCCAGAGAAAAAACAUUUAUUUUCAUAACAAUUUAGUAUUUCUAAUUUUUUUAAGCAUUAAAUUUAUUUUUAAAAAAAUAUGGUAGGAACAGUAGAAGCACAUGUUUAGGGCUAAAAAUUUUUUAUAAUUUUUAUUACACGGGUUUGUUACC